AUGUCGCACGGAGAUUCAGCGGUCGCAGAGGCCAAAAGAGCCCCCCAGGGGCCAUCAGAGCCCACGACUCCCACAUCACCGACAGAAAGACGGGGUUCCACGUUUAUGAGCUUCUUUGCAUCCAUCCUCGGCUCAAAGAACCCGCUGGCGCAACCCGCAGACCCACACCAGAACACCGUGUGGCUGUUUGACAACACAGCGUACCAGCCCGUAAACGAUGAAACAGGCGAGAACCAAUCGUGGCAUGCCGAAGUCGUCGCCUGUCUCUUCGAAAAAGGAGGCAGGAAAGACAUAGGCAAGAUCGUUGCUCUGAUCGCCGACCAGAUUGGGCUAGAUGGCGAGCGCGGCGGUCACGAAGAAGCCCGUAAGCGCAUCGAGCAACGCAUUCAGCCCUUCCUGGACGCCGUCUCGCCUUCGCGUACGGUGACUCUUCAGAUUCCCAUUUCUAGACCGGUGCAGACACACAGUCUAGGCCCAUCCGACCGCAAUGGUAUCAUCAGCCAAACGUUCGAGAUGGGUCACCUUGGCGUUGAAGAUGGGGCAGUGAUAAGACCUCGGCUACACGAUUUCGGCGAUCAAAUGGUAUCAAUGCAUACGACCUUCGCUGCUCCAGAGGGGUGGCUGGUUAUUUCCGACAUCGACGAUACGAUCAAACGCACCCUGACACUCGAACCGACGGGCAUCAUUCAGACCACAUUUGCAGAUGUGCCGGAGCCGAUCGAGGGUAUGCCUGAUUUAUACGAGUAUCUCGAUGCCGAGCUUGUCCCUGCAUGGUUCUACCUCUCUGCAUCGCCGUAUAACCUGUACCCAUUCUUAUAUGAUUUCCUGCAUGAGCAUUACUGUCCCGGCACGUUGAUUCUACGUGAUUAUUCCUGGAUGGAUAUCACGGGGCUGAUCAAGUCUUUCACAGAGAAGACGCAGGAGUACAAGGUUGAUCGCAUGGAGAAGAUUCACGGCUGGUUCCCGCGUCGGAGGGUGCUGUGCAUUGGGGACUCGACGCAGAAAGACCCCGAGGCUUAUGCCGAGAUGUACGCAAAGUAUCCAGGGUGGAUUCACGCCAUUGCGAUUCGCAAGGUGCUUGAUGUAGCUCAUAUGGAAGACAAGAAUGAGCCAGGGCGAUUUGAGAAGGCUUUUGAGAAUGUCCCCGGUCACAUCUGGACCGUUUUCGAGGAUCCGAGGGAAUUAUAUGAUUUUGUUGACGGACUCGGGAUGGAGGAUCAGGAUUUUUAA